AGUAAGGCAUGGGUAUUAGUUAAUACCGCGAAUCAACAAGACAUGCAGAGCGAAAAACUUUCAGUGGAAACCGAUUCAAAAAUAGCUGAAAAUGUCAUCUAAACUAGUCCGAAAAGGUUUAGAUCUAGUGAAUAGUGAAGGAGGUUCACGACCUCACAAACGGAAGUCAACACAGAAAGAGAAACAACCCUCUAAAGAGCGAAAACGAACCUCAAAGCCAAACAGGCAACAAACACGUGGAGUACAAGGAUUGCGAUUAUCAUCAGGCCAGACAAAGAAAACACAACAAGCUGACUUCACUGAACAGAAUUUGGAAUACUUCAAGAAAGCCACAUGGAAGAUUAAGAAAGACACUUAUGACAAAAUUUUAGAAAGGCAAAACAAGCACCAAAGAAAUCAAAACAUGGAUGAAAAGCGUGAAGAAUCAGAACCAGAAGAAAUGGGUGGUUUGUUUGAUGACUGAGUGAAAAAAAACACUUCGCUAACACGUCUGUUCUAACUUGCUGGUAGAAGAU